UCAUCUAAUGUCACGUCUGGAAGAACAUCGGGACGACGACGCCCUGGAAGAUCGCAAGGCGGUGGAAAUGGAGCUGCUAACGGGCACUUGAAUGGGCUUUACCGCCUCAAUUCUAACCAAAGCACAUCGAGUGUCUUUGAAGAUGUCGAGAUGGCACAUGACGAGCUGUACGCCGGCCCUGUCGCCGAGAGUCUCCCCACAAGUGUCUCUGCCUUUUCUCACCGUCGACCCCGAGCCGAUUCGACUGUUAGUUUUGUGUACUAUAGCGAGGACCAGGGAGACGAAGAAGAACAAGACUCAGACCGGAAAUCCGGCGCAGGCUCCAUUUUUAACGAUGGCAGCAGUUACAGGCGACAGCGCAGUACCGACGAUGUCAGCGAUUUUGAAUUUGGGAUCGUAGACUACGAACACGAUUACCCGGAACAAGACUACGACGCCUCGGAAGACUAUUUUCUUCGAAGAACUUCGUCAACCCUUUCACGCAGAUCAGUCCAUGAUCACCUCCUCAGGCGGGAUAGCACAGUCACAGAGCAGAGCUCCCGUUUCCCGAUGCGCACCAACCAGAAAAUUCAUAUGAAGAACGAGGACCUCACUAUUGUUAUUGCUGGAUUUCGCACCAGCUUUCUGAGGUUUUUGGCUUACAUUUGCAUUUGUAUAUGUACUGGCGGUCUGGGGUACCUGCUUCUGCGUUGGUUCCCAAGAUGGUACAUUGCUCUUGUCGGCCAGAAUUGUCCACUACGCGACUGCGACUGGGUCGUCAUUGAGAACGAAUGGGCUGAAAUGGCCAUCAUCAAGGUCCGAACGCAAUCGUAUGGCCGCCCGCUGUCAUCUAUUUUCGGACUGAACGAAAAGAUGCUCGGGAAUGACUUUGACGACGAGGCUGAUCCUCUCGUGGACGACCUCCGAACGGUGGACUAUCGCUACGUCCGACUUUGCUACCACCAGCUCAAGGACAAGUUUGUUCUGUCUAGUGGCUGGAAGGACCCAGAGUGGACCGAUGUCCAGGUUGCAAGAACUGGGUUAGAUAACGACGAAAAGAGUAUACGCGGAAUUCUCUUCGGGAGGAACCUCAUCGAUAUCGAGCAAAAAUCAACCAGUCAACUCCUGGUAGAUGAAGUUUUUCAUCCGUUUUACAUAUUCCAGGUCGCCAGUCUUACUCUCUGGUCUCUGGACUCAUACUACUACUAUGCGGCCUGCAUAUUUGUCAUCUCUGUGGGCACCAUUGCAACCACCUUGAUCGAAACAAAGGCAACCAUGCGGCGCCUGCGCGAGAUAUCCCGAUUUGAAUGCGACGUCCGUGUUCUGCAGAACGGAUUCUGGGGAUACCAUUCAUCUAGUGACCUUGUCCCCGGCGAUAUAUAUGAAGUCAGCGACCCGAACCUUACACAGUUCCCUGCCGACAGUCUUUUGCUCAGUGGCGACAGUAUUGUUAACGAGAGCAUGUUGACAGGGGAGUCUGUCCCAGUGUCCAAGGUCCCAGCCAACGACGAAGUCCUCAGGAACAUGAAUCUCCAGGCUUCGUCAGUCUCACCAGAGACGGCACGCCACUUCCUCUUCUGUGGGACGAAAAUUAUCCGUACGCGUCGACCACAGGAAGAUCAGGGGGGCGACGCCGUGGCACUGGCUCUCGUUGUGAGGACCGGAUUUAAUACGACAAAGGGCGCCUUGGUCCGCUCCAUGCUCUUUCCCAAACCAUCCGGCUUCAAGUUUUAUCGAGACUCUUUCAGAUACAUCAGUGUCAUGGGUAUCAUCGCCAUCAUCGGUUUCAUCGCUUCAUUCGUCAACUUUGUCAACCUCGGAGUCCCAUGGCACACCAUUGUCAUUCGCGCUCUCGACCUGAUCACCAUUGUCGUACCCCCGGCUUUGCCAGCUACCCUUACGAUCGGCACCAACUUUGCACUCAGCCGUCUUAAGGGCAAGCAGAUUUUCUGCAUUAGCCCCCAAAGGGUCAACGUUGGCGGUAAACUCGAUGUUAUGUGCUUUGACAAGACUGGUACUUUGACUGAGGACGGUCUUGAUGUUCUUGGAGUCCGCGUCGUCCGGGGAACUGAUGGCUUCAGUGAGGUGAUCUCCGAAAGCCAAGCUUUGGCUCAAGAGCAAUCAAACAUUGGACCUGACAAUGCAUUGACCGCUGUAUUACACACAAUGGCUACUUGCCACUCUCUUCGGUCCGUCGACGGGGAACUUGUGGGCGAUCCUCUAGACCAGAAAAUGUUCGAGUUUACCGGAUGGACUUUCGAAGAAGGCAAGCAGAUAUCGGGAGACGCGGAAGACGAAGAACAAGGAGGACUUGCGCCCUCGGUAGCCCGUCCGCCAGAUGCUUCUUUCGAACUGGGUGUCUUGAAGUCAUUUGAGUUUGUAUCCCAUCUCAGACGUGCCAGUGUCAUUAUCCGCCGGUUCGGAGGGAAGAGCGGUGAUAUCUAUGUCAAAGGUGCCCCCGAGGCGAUGCAUAAGAUUUGCCGUCCAGAAAGUUUCCCGAGCGAUUAUGAACAGCGCCUCUCUUACUACACUCACAAGGGCUACCGAGUCAUUGGCUGUGCUACGAGACACCUCAAGAAGCUGAGUUGGGUCAAGGCACAAAAGAUGACUCGAACUGAGGUUGAGAGCGACCUCAACUUUGUCGGCUUCAUCAUCUUCGAGAACAAGCUGAAGCCAACCACAGCUGGUGUUCUGAAGGAGCUUACUGAAUCAAACAUUGGUUCCAUAAUGGUGACGGGAGACAAUAUUCUCACCGCCAUCAGCGUCGGUCGCGAGAGUGGGUUAAUGGAUCGGACUGCCCACUGCUUCGUUCCCCAUUUCGUCCAAGGUGACUUGCGUGAUCCGAAGGCUGAGUUGAAAUGGGAAAGCGUUGACGACAACCGUUUCACCUUGGAUAGUAACACGCUUAUGCCGCUGCCAGUGCCCCCACAAUGCGAUGCCUCGCUUCCCUACGACAUUACUAAUCUCCGAAAUUAUUCCUUGGCCGUUAGCGGAGAUGCUUUCAGGUGGAUAGUAGACUAUGCGCCGCCGGAGAUACUACACAGAAUGCUCCUACGCGGAAAGGUGUUUGCUCGUAUGUCUCCCGAUGAGAAGCAUGAGCUUGUUGAAAAGCUGCAGAGCAUUGACUUCACCUGCGGUUUCUGCGGAGACGGAGCCAACGACUGCGGCGCCCUCAAGGCCGCCGACGUGGGUAUCUCGCUUUCCGAGGCUGAGGCAUCAGUUGCAGCGCCCUUUACGUCGCGAGUCUUCGACAUCCGAUGCGUGCUCGAGGUUAUCAGGGAAGGGCGUGCCUCACUGGUGACGAGUUUUAGUUGCUUCAAGUACAUGAGCCUGUACUCGACCAUCCAGUUUACGUCCGUUAGCUUCCUGUACGCCAAGGCGUCCAACCUCGGCGACUUCCAGUUCCUCUUCAUCGACCUGGCCCUUAUCUUGCCCUUGGCCAUCUUCAUGGGAUGGUCCGGCCCGGCACUAAAGUUGCACAAGAAGAGGCCCACGGCAGACCUAGUCUCACGCAAAGUUCUAACACCGCUGUUGGGUCUCAUGGUUCUCUGUGCUGUCACCCAGGCUGUUCCGUAUGCAAUUGCUAAGAAGCAGCCGUGGUAUAAGGGGCCAGAUCCGUCCCUCGAAGAGAACAUUAAGAACACAGAGAACACUGUGUUGUUCCUCACCUCGUGCUUUGAGUACAUAAUGUCCGCUGUUAUCCUCAAUGCGGGUGCUCCGUUCAGAGAGCGGACUGCCGAGAACUGGCCAUUCACCAUGACAGUGGCAGUGGCGUUUACAGUAACGGUUUACAUGGUUGCGGCUCCUGCUCACUGGGUGAAGAACGUGAUGCAGUUGAGCAAGACGAGCACAAGCUUCAAACUCAUCCUUGUCGGACUGGGUCUAGCAUACCUCGUCCUAGGUUGGGUGUACGAAAGAUACGUGUCGCUGCACUUGGCCAAGUUUCUGGGACAUGCAAAGGUGAGGAUUACCGGCAAGACGAAGGAACGCAAGAAGUACAAGAUGAUUGAUGAGAGCAUGCGUAUGUAG